AUGGCCGGACCGGCAAUUUGCAAGUUCAGCGGCGGUUCGGGCUCGUGUGCCCGGAUCUGCAUAUUGCCCACCAUCGCUUUUUCGAGAAACAACAUUUGGCCGUAUAACAGUUUUCUGAAUGUAGCUGUUUUAGAGGAAAUAAUUAAGCAACGUGUGAUCGAGAGCUUCUCUGCCACUGAACUGGUCCCUUUUCGUUUUUCAAUGUCGAUUGCGAUUACAGCUCAUAGUGAACUAUGGUCACUCCCUCUGACAGCAGGAAACGAAGAACAGUUCAAAGAAACAUCAUUAUUUGGUAUUCCUUGUAUUGCCAUGUGUUGCUUCUCACCAGUUGUUAAUUUUCAAACGCAAUCGGACUAUCGGCGAUGGUUGUCACGGGGAAAUGCGGAGAAAUACGAAGACAGUCGGCUCUCUUUUUUCAUCUACGAUACAGAUGAUGAUAAGGAGCUAAUAAAGGAUGAAAAGAAGCAGAACUCUGUAAAAGUCCAAACUUUGCAAAAGAAUCAGUUGCGGACGGUCAUUGUUGGCAACACGGACUGGCUUGCCGUAGUAUCCCUUGUUUUACUUGAAAAAACGAAACAGAAAAACCUCCUCGAAAAGACGGUAGUGGGCGAAGAUGACGUUCCGGGUGUGCCUGAUGCAGAUCUUGAAGAUGCGGAAGGUGGUGCAUCUCCUCCUGGUGGUGCAUCUGUCGCUCCAGGCGAUGUCGACGAACCUUCCUUAACAAAAAAAAAUCAAAAUGUCGCUUGCUCAGUUAAUACUCAACAGAAAUUUUGA